AUGACGGACGAAAGCCAACGGAUGCUUGGAAUAGCAUCAAGGCUGGCCGACAGGCAUGUCGAGGCUGCGCUGGUGCCGCUACCGGACAGCCCGAAUGUGUCGGUAUUCGGUCCGACCGAAACAAGCACGGAGGUGACUCCGAGUCUCGCUGUGGCCAACGAGCAUGCUCUGUCACCAGUGAUCCUCACAGAACGAGAUCAUAUGACGGAGUCGUUGGCAGAGCCGAAAGCGGUACUCAGCUCGAUGCUGCAAUCGCCAGAGCGCAAACAGCCGAGCAGCACAAAGCCAAUGUCGCCAGAAAAAGCAGCGCUGGCAGCCAUGUUUGACUCGAUCAAGAUGCCACCUCCUCCCGCAUCACCCUCGAAGUCGCCACGCAAGGCUUCAGGCAGCAGCAUCCUCUCAUCGCCGUCGAAACAAGUCGCUAAAGAUGCAGCACCCGUAGCAGCGUCGCUCUUCCGCUACAGGAGCUCGCCCACCACUUCCCCUUCGAGAAUUGCAUCCACUGACUCGGCUGUAUCGCGACACUUCAGCCGUGACUCGCCCGUACGUCGACCCGUCGUCAUCAGCUCUUCCUCUUCGCCUGGUAAGGGUGCGAGCGAUGGCAAAAAUGCUUCGACCCCGCUCUCGCCCGCUUCGGCCACGGCAUCGGCAGGCAGCCGAGCACCUCGCAUGCGACCUUCCAUGUUCGCGUCGUCCAGCAGCCCCAGCGCAAAGCUCUCAGACCUGACCCUCAACCUGGACACCACUGGCACCCAAGAGCUCAUCUUCAAGGAAGAUGCAAGCUUCCUCGCCGCAGUCGCUGACGUGACUGUGGACGACAGCUUCGACGUCUCCCGUGCGAAAGCCCGCAUCGCCAGCUCCACAACAAGGAAAGGCUCGCCAGCCAAGUUCGGCCGUGCCAAGCCACGAUGCAGCGUGGUACCUGAAGAUGAUGUCGCCGAGAUCAAGCCGAGGUCUCCGCGCAAGAGGGGCGAUGCUCUGGGUGUUGGCAGGGUGGUGAAGAACGCUGCAGGUGACGACACGAUCGAGCUAAAUCUGACGGGCAGCUUUAUGGGAAAUGCGAGCAUGAUCGGUGGGAAUCUCAUGGAUGAAAGUGCGGAAGCUUCGUUGUUGCUCGGCAAUUCCUUCUCACUCUCACAAUCUCACCUGCUGAAGAGGGACCUCGCUACGAAGCAAACCACCAACAAGAAGGAAAGAGGCAUUGACGGCGAGGAAGACGACGACGAGGAGGGUGAAGAUUACGAGCGAGAUACACAGAACAUGCAAAAGUGGGCCGCGGAAGCUGCUAGGAAGGCGCAGCUAGGGAGGAAAGCUGUUGACAAGACCACCAGCAGAAGCACAUUUGCGACCAGAUCUGGAUCGCCGACUGUCACUCGGCCAUCCAUCGGCUCAGCAACAGUCACAAAGCCUGUCUCCCGUAUCGCUCCACGUCAUUCGCUGGUGACGCCCACCGCCACAUCGAGACUGCUCAAGCCGCGAGCCUCGGGCAUCUCCACUGUCAAGGCGGAGCCUGCAAUGUCUCGUUCCGGCAGUGCGUCCAGCGGGUUGUCUUCCAGCUCGACUACCGCAGUCACUUCCUCGACAAUUCAUCUCGACAGCACCGACACGGCCGAAGCCAAAACACCCAUGCGGAGUCGACGCAAGAGCACGUUCACCACCUCGCGACCUCCCGUCUCCGGGCCCGCGCGCCGCCGGGAAUCCCUGGCUGCAUCUGCCAUCAUACAAUCUCACCCUAUCCCGCCGCUCCCUUCUCUCGGCUCAACCAGUCCGGGUCGGGCCAGGGCCGCAUCCACAUCCACGACGACAGGUUCGUCGCCGAGUAUGAAGACGCCCUCUGCGGCGACAAGGACGAUCGCCAAACCGCGCACUUCGCUGACCGGUCGAACGGUGAUUCCCACUCCUCGGUCGUCUGCUCCCGUUCCCUCUGCUGGUGCUGUGGGGGCCUCUCGCGUGGGCAGUGUCGCUCGACCUCGCACCUCGCUCACGGGAGCUACGCCCACCGCGCGCACCGCAACCGUGCGAUCAGCCUCCCUCGUCACGCCCACUGCUCGCACUGCCGCCGCACGCACCGUCGAACCAGUGCAAGGCAUGCGAAGGAGCACCUCCCAACCGCACAUCGAGGAGGGGAAAACGCCGGUAGCGCGCACAAGGAUGUUAGUGCCGCGUGCCAGUCUCAGCACGGCCAGUCGACUGUCGAUCGGUGGGCUGCCGAGGACGGCCGUUGCUCCCCGCACGUCGGCGUUCUCAGAAAGGGCUGGAAACAAUGCGUCGGUUCAAGCGAGCAUGGAAGGUGGGUCGAAGAUCGGUACUGUGGGCACUAGGAGGCCUUCCAUCACAGGCGGAUUCGGGUUCAAGCCUCGCACGUCGGCUGUGUUUGUUGGACGAUCUUCCCUGCUCGACAGCGAGGACAAGGAGAACUGA